AUGUCGUGCGAAGCUUGUGCAGGUCUUCAUCUCAACCAAGACCGCUUGCCGGACGUAUCCGGGCUUCGUCUAAAGCAGGAUGGAUCUGUUCUGUUUGAUAUUACGCGGGCCAAAGUUCAAGUGAGCUUUGCCACAUCUGUAGGGCCCUUUGUGGAUUUGAGUUUGUUCGAUCUGGAGACUGGGACGUCAGACUGGCAGGAAGUCUUCUUCAAUGAAACGACGGCUCCCUUCUUUAGGCUUUUGGUGCUUGAAACUGCCUCCGGUUGGCAGCCGAAGCCUCGAGAAGUGCAGUGGCUGAGCCAGAUGGUCUGGGUGGAGCGCAUUCCGUCGGAUUGGGUGUUCUCUGCAUCCGGCAUCUCAUGGAAAACAUCUGGCUCCAACCCACAAACACUCGGCCCUGACAAGCUCAUCGACCAGAACAGUGACCUGCUCACGUCCAGGUGGGAAAGUGUCGGCUUCCCUCGUUGGCACAACAUGUGGUGGGUGACCUUCGAUUUCCGCUCUGGCGACAGAGCACUCAUUCUGGACACUUGUGGGAGUGCUGGAGUAACAGCUAAGUUGCCAGAGGCAGGCAUGGUCAAAGGUGUGUCAGGCAGCGGGGCAACCGUAGUCUGGAACAGCGCACCGAUCUCGGCUUCAGGGGGCUUGUACAAGAUUUGCUGGUGCGCCGCCUACCAGAACUGUGAUACAGCAGAGCACUUUCGCAUUCCGAUCGGCGAGCUGACGCUGAUCGGUCCACACACCGGGCAGUCUAGGACGUGUGUCAGCGGCCGCGGCUGUCGAUUGGAGGGCUUGACUGGGAGCUUUGUCUCGCAGGACAGCAUGCUUGCUGUUCUGGACACAUGCGCCGAAGUGGGGGUUUUGGCAGGUGGUGCCAGAAAGCCACGGCUUGCGGCUUCCAGUACACUUGGUUCGAGUGGCUCAGUGGCAGAUUUUGGGUUGCUGGUGGCAUCUGGCCUUUUCCGCCUGUGCUGGUGCCCGAUGGUUGGCUUGCAGGACAUCGGCAACGUGACAUAUUCCCUGGCCUCCAACCAUACGGGAAAUCAGUCAGUGGUGCUGGACUGCUUCCACCUUGAUGUUGGAGAACUUCAUGUGCUCGGACCAGUGCCGCUCGAUCACGGACAGACCUGUAUUAGUGGCAUGGAAUGCGUCUUAGGAGGCUUUGACGGCAAGGGGCUGGAAUCAGACCGUCUUUUCGUUAUGGAGACCUGUGGCCAGGAGUGGGUGGAAGGCACAGCAGCAGCCGCCCCUGUGCAGGCAAGUGGAGCCUUCGUCAGAGUUGCCUACCGGCCCCUCGAAUCGAUGGGUGGCCAGUAUCGUUUGUGUUGGUGUUCGGUCACAACACCAGGCAAUGACAGCUUCGUGUACACCAACACCACACUGGAGAGCACGUUUGGGUGCAAUCCUGCCACUCGUGAUGCUUUCUUAACGGAUGUGGGGCUUCUGACUGUGCUCGGUCCGUCGCCUUUAGUACAGCAUUGGACUUGCGUUUCAGGUCAAACAUGCCAGAUCGGGAAUAUCGCUGGGGUUGGCCUCUCGGAUUCUGACAAUAUCAUUGCCUUGCAAACUUGUGGACAUCCAGCAGUUGUACCCCGAUUUCCGCUGUCUGGCCAAGCAGACAUGUUCUGGACUCGUGGAUCUCAAGCUGCAUGGACCGUGCCAGUCAGUUCGGCCGGUGGUACGUACAGGCUCUGCUGGAGUGCUGGGAUGUCGCAUGUGAAUGCUUCCGCGACGGCAAUCUCGUUAGACCAUGCAGUCGAUUUUGGCACGCUGUUUUUGCGUGGCCCGGCCCCACUCAACCAAGAAGUUACAUGCAUCUCGGGGCAGAGCUGCAGCAUAAAUGGCUUGACGGGUGUCGACUGGACAAAAUCCUCGGACAGGGUCGCGAUCCUCAACACCUGUGGUACAGCGUCGACUGUGCAGCGAUGGGGUGGCGGAGGCUCUGCACUUUUUGCAGGCUUUGAUCGCAGUGCAUCGCUAUUCUGGGAUGAUGCCACCGUCUCUGCUAUGGGUGGCGAAUACAGACUCUGCUGGUGUGGCGAUUCUUCAACCAGGCUCAACGAGUCUGACAGCACGUCGUGGCACAACACAUCCUUUUUGAUCCACAACCAGUCCAACGUCUCAGAUGAUGGUGUUUGUGCCUACCCAGAAAACUACCGUGUGGACUUUGGAAGCUUUACCCUGCUUGGCCCGUCUGACACGGACAUUUCACGAACCUGUGUUGCCGGCCAGUCCUGCAAGAUUCUGGGCAUUCAUGGACUUGGACUGUCACUGUUUGACAGCAUGUUGGUGCUGGACACAUGCGCAACCUCAAGCACACCUGGCAGCUUCAAUCCCGGCUCGAACGAAACGCGCAUGACGUUGAGCGUCAGCUCAAGCAACCUGGCAGCUGCGUCAGUCACAUGGUCGUUCCCUUUGCAGGUCUUGGGUGGUGAAUAUAGACUUUGCUGGUGCGCAGCAAACGCCAUCUGCAGCAGGUCAGAGGACUUCCGUUUUGAUCUGGGUACCCUCCACGUUCUUGGACCGAGUCCUCACGCACAAGACCGCACGUGCAUCAGUGGACAGACCUGCUUGUUGGAUGGCAUUACGGGCUGGCUCAUGUCUGCAAGCGAUAGGGUGAUGAUCUUGGAAAGCUGUGGUGGAGAGAUGCUGUCACCUCCAACAGGCUUAGAGUCCUGGGACUUGGUGCAGCAUUCAGGUGGUGGGGUGGUGUGGGCCACUUUGACCAGCGACACCAACACGUCGUGGCGGGCGCUGUUCCUCAAUGUGCCAGCAGGCCAGUACAGACUGUGCUGGUGCUCCGGCAGCCUGACGAGCCAGGGAAGCCAGGGAAGCUGUGCCGACAGCAGUUUGCCUGGCCUCGACUUCGGGGCCUUGAAUGUCCUCGCACCAAUCAGCUCCGUGGCCAGCACUUGUGUCAGUGGCCAGGCUUGUGUGGUGAAGAGCCUCCAGGUUGCAGAGUGGCAAAGCAGCUUUGCCGGCGGCGGCGGCCUCCUUCUAUCAGACACAUGCGGAAUGUCUGCUUCCACCCAGCAUUUCUUGUCGGAAGAAGCAGCGUCCAACCUGACCAUUGCAGUUUCUCGACGGGUGUCCAGCACGGGCAUCAGCACGUUGAGUGGCGGUACAUACCGUCUUUGCUGGUGCUCACCGGAAGCAACGCCGGGUUCCUGCGACGUGCCUGAACAUUUCCGUGUCGAGGUCGGGGCACUGGACUUGCUGGGUCCAGCGCCUCUUCAGCAAGACCAGACAUGUGUUUUUGGAGUUGCAUGCCCGAUCACCAUGUCGCAAUUUGGUGACUUGGAUUCCCAAAUUCUGAUCUUGGAGACUUGCGGCUUAGCGGUGCCAAGUGCCAUGCCCUUCACAGGGAACGCUUCGAGCACUUCACGUGGCAGUCAGCUUAGGUUUGCUCCCUUGCGGGCAGGGCUCUUCCGGCUAUGCUGGUGCUCAAACACCCUGACGUGUGACUUUGAGGAAGACUUCCGGGUGGAUUUCGGACAGCUGUACCUUCGAGGCCCUGUACCGCUGGAGCAGCACAGGACUUGCAUUAGUGGACACCGAUGCAUCGUGGAAAGGUUUGAAGGCCUUGGAAUAGAGAAUCUAGCUGCUCAGCUCAUGGUGCUGGAUACUUGCUCAGCGACUGGCUUGACAACAUCAGGUCUGCCGGUCAGGAGCUGGCCAGUGUCAGCCACAGUGCAAAGCCUCGCAGCCGCACCACUCCUGGCGCCUGCUGGACGCUACAGCUUGUGCUGGUGUGCAGCCGAGAGUGACGCUGCAAAUCAGACUUGCCAGAACCUUCAGCAUUUUGGCACGCGAAUUGGCCAGUUGAGCGUACUCGGGCCGAUGCCUUUGCAGCAAGACUUCACUUGCAUUGCUGGUGUGACCUGCGAUUUCAGCCACUUUCAGCACACGGCGACGAACGGGCGACUGCUGAUUCUAGAUACAUGUGGGGCAGCCGGCCUUCCGAGCGGGGUGGGCCUGGGCCCCGGCAUCGAGUUGAGCCUUGCCUCGCAGGGGCAGGCCACGGCCAGGUUGAUGGCAGCAGGAGGCCUCUACAGGAUUUGCUGGUGCGGUCUUUUGGAAACCAAUGCAUCCUCCUGUGAAGAUGGCUCGGAUUUCAAAGUAGACACCGGCACUUUGACCCUGGUCGGGCCAACCCUCAGUCAAGCUUGGACUUGCAUCAGCGGCAUGACGUGCCUUUUGGAUGACAUCGGCGGCAACCACUUGUCCAUCUAUGAUCAUUUCCUGGUCUUGCAUACCUGCGGGGUGCAAGAUGUUGCAAGCCGAUUUCCACACGAGGGCAGCGUGCUCCACGUCUCUGGACAAUGUGGAUGCACGUCCUCACUUUGCAGUGCCUAUCCACCCGGCACCAACGAGUCUCUUUGUGCGACCUGUGGCGAUUUUUGCCCCAUGGAUUUGAAGACACAUCCUGGCUGGUGUGGCUGUGGCACGCCCGACAUUGACUCUGAUGGUGAUGGAACGCCGGACUGCCUUGACCAGUGCCCGCACAACCCGGGUAAGACCGGGACAGGUAUCUGUGGCUGCGGCGUUCUUGAUUCGGACAGCGAUGGCGACGGGGUGCCAGACUGCAACGACCAGUGUGCUGGGCCAGACUUUGUUGGUGGCACUUGUUGUACUGCAGCCGACUCGGACGCGGAUGGAGUACUUGACUGUUUGGACCAGUGCCCAAUGGACGCCAGCAAAACCCUGGCAGGAAUCUGUGGAUGCCAUGUGUCAGACGUAGACAGCGACCUCGAUGGCGUAGCGGAUUGCCUGGAUUUGUGUCCCAACGAUCCCGGCAAGGCCUUCCCUGGCAUCUGCGGAUGCGGCAACUCUGAGGCCGAUGAGGAUGGCGACUCCGUGCCAGAUUGUAUCGACCUUUGUCCGAAGAGCGAGGAUUUCGCUUUCCAAGGAGUCCGAGCCAGCUUCGGACAGGUGCCCGUCUCUGCUGCAGGAGGAAGCUAUCGCCUCUGCUGGUGCUACUCCACAGCGAACUGUGGUUGUCGUGCAGACUUUGUCGUAGAUGUUGGCUCCCUGCGGCUACUGGGUGUUGAAGAUAUACGCAGUAGCCGAACUUGCAUCAGCGGUCAAAGUUGCUUCAUUCGCCGGUUGAUUGAUACCAGCAGUUCCGUGAUUCCCCAUCAUCCUUAUGUGGCCAACUUCUCGGCAACCCCAAUGCUGAUUCUGGAGACGUGCGGGGUCUUUGCACCUGCAAGCAACUCAUCACGAGGCACCUCUGAGUUUCUUCCUCCCCAAGUAGCGUUGGAUGCGGGGCGCUCGAUAGGUUGGCUUCCCGGCCAAUUGACGUCGGCAGGUGGAUUCUAUCGACUUUGCUGGUGUGCAACAAGUGGCAGCUGCAGCCUCAUGCCAGACUUUCAAACGGACGUCGGCGAACUGAUGCUGAUUGGGCCUUUCCCUUUGUCUCAGCAGAUGACUUGUAUCGCUGGCCUAACUUGUCGAGUUGAAGGUGUGCAGGGGCUGGGCGUCCAGCAAGAGGAUCUGAUUCGAGUCUUGGAUACGUGUGGGAUGACAAGUGAGGCCUUGAGUGCCCCCACAUUCAAUGCAAGCCUGGAGACUAAUCUGGAUGCUGUUAGUGCAGCUAUCACGCAGACCUUUGCAGGAGGCUCCUAUCGCCUUUGCUGGUGUGCAACAGGAUUUUCGUGCAGCCUACACAGCGACUUCCAGGUGGACUUCGGGGUGUUCUCACACGUGGGUCCAGCUCCCCUCUUCGAGCAAGACCGGACCUGUGUGACGGGACAGGUCUGUGCCGUUGAGCGCAUCGCAGGGCACCUUCUGUCGCCGGAUGACUCGUUCUGGAUUCUUGAGACUUGCGGGGUCCGGGCACCCUCAAGAUUGGCUGGGCAAGGGAAGGCAUCCUUUCAGAAUGCCUCCAUGCUCAUCAGCUGGGGGGAAUCUGCGCACACAGCAGUUGGUGGACAGUAUCGGCUUUGCUGGUGCUCAAGAUAUGCCGAGUGCGACGUGGCCCAGAAUUUUGGGGUCGAUGUAGGUGGCCUACUACUGAUCGGCCCAAUUCCCCAGGACAGAACAUGCAUCAGUGGCCAGACAUGUUUCAUGAAAGCUUUGCCCGGUUACCAUCUCCAGGCAGACGAUCGCUUUCUGGUUUUGGACACAUGCGGAACGCCUUCUCCGGUCUUGGGCUUCCCUGCCAUGCAAUCUCAACUUCUGUUGAACUCCACAGCUGUGGCAGGCUUCGUUGCAGGUAGCGUGCUAGAGUUUGUAACUUCUGCCGGCGGGACAUACCAGCUCUGCUGGUGUGCUGCAUCUACCUUCCCGUGCAACCUGGCAGAAUCAUUCCGGGUCAGCGCUGGCUCCGUGACCCUCGUUGGCCCCAGCACAGACAUCCAACUCGGGGCUGCGAAGCUACGCAUUUGUGUGUCUGGGAAUGCCUGUUCCCUUCAGGGCCUUCCUGGGCAAAACUUGCAGCUUGACGACCGGCUCAUGCUUUUGGAAACAUGCGGCUUGCAAGGUCCCAGCCAGGGGACAGUCCCCAUGCCGAGCUUGCAGGCCAAUGGCACUGGCCCAGCUUUGCCCAAUGUGACGGUUUAUUCUGCCUCUGGCGGGACAUAUCGACUCUGCUGGUGCAGUUCCGCUUAUGACUGCAAUAGUGCAUCGGAUUUUAGGGUGGACAUCGGCGAGCUCGACAUGGUUGGGCCUUCAAGCACGGUAUCGGAUUUCAGACGAAAGCCAGCUUAUUGCGAUCCCGGCGCAAAUUCAUCCAUGCUCGCGUUUGCCUAUGUCUCGGACAUCACUGCGUGUUGGUUGCGCUGUGCUUCUCAUGUCUCAAAUACGACUGGACCCACAUGCACUGCUGCAGAGUACGCUAGGCAGUCAGGCUUCUGCAGUCUUUGGAGCCAUUGCAGCAUUGUUGGGGGCUCGGCCGAGACCCUGGUUCUAUCGGCGCAAGAUGGGUGGAAGUCCGGACAGGACAGGACAUGCGUAGCAGGACAUCCCUGCACUUUGGACGACAUCGUGGGACAUUUCCUCACCGAGGGCGAUGCCUAUGCGGUCCUAGAUAGUUGUGGAAGCACGCUCGCUUGGAUUUACACAUCUCAGAAUGUCGUCGGGCAUGGUGGCUAUGCAAACCCGUGCCGCUGUGCUGAGUCCAUGAAUGACACAGAUGGUGACGGUGUCAUUGACUGCACAGAUGAGUGCCCACUAGAUCCACAGAAAAGCGCAGUGGGAAAUUGCGGCUGUGGCCACGGAGACGAAGACAGCGAUGCGGAUGGGAUUCCCGACUGUCGCGACAGGUGUCCCCAUGAUCCCGCGAAGAGCUUGCCGGGCGUCUGUGGUUGUGCCACCAGGGAUGUGGAUUCAGAUGCAGACGGGACUCAUGAUUGUAGUGAUCAGUGUCCCAAUCUUCCUGACAACGCUGGCGGGGCUGCCGGCUGUCCCGCCGCGGCCGAAGACUUCGACAAUGAUGGUGUGCCGAAUUUCAUGGACGAGUGCCCGCUCGAUUACAACAAGACUUCAGCAGGUGUGUGUGGCUGUGGGGUGAAGGAUGAGGACAGCGACAGUGAUGGAACUCCAAAUUGCCUGGACCUGUGCCCAAGUGAUCCCUUCAAGGUGUUUCCAGGUGCUUGUGGCUGUGGGACACCAGACCUGGACCAAGACGGGGAUGGAACUCCGGACUGUCAUGACACUUGCCAAUCGUACGAUGCUGUUUUCGGGGCAGUCUCGGUGGAAUUCGGCACGUUGCCAGCUGGAAAGUAUCGUCUGUGUUGGUGCUCCCGUGCAGUGAAAUCUUGCUCGGCCUCACAGGAAUUCAACGUGGAUCUCGGAGGGCUCAGCAUAAUUGGCCCUCGCAGCCAAGAGCGAACUUGUGUCAGCGGUUAUCCUUGUCGUUUUGGUGAUGUUGCCGGCUACGGCCUUGAUGAUGCCGACCGCAUUCUGGUCCUGGACACCUGCAGCACCUCCACAGGUCUUGUACCUCGCUGGUCAACUUCUGUCGCGCUGCCUCUUCUUUCCAGUGGAUCUGCUGCUGUAUUCUCUUCAAUCACGGCUGCCGGCGGUUUCUACCGCAUGUGCUGGUGCACCACCCGUCCUUGGCAAGACCAGGCAGUACCGGCUUGCGAACGCCCAAAUCACUUCACGGUCGAUGUAGGUGCGCUGAUCCUCAUUGGCCCGUCCCCUUUGCAUCAGGACUUCACGUGUGUUUCUGGACAACCAUGCGGUCUGCACGGCCUCGGCGGACUCCUUCUGGCAUCCAGCGAUAUGGUCAUGAUCCAUAACACUUGCGGAGGUACCAGCUUCGCAUCCCCGCUCUUUGCAUCAGUGGGAUGGGAUGGGCUGUUCUUCAACUCCCUCGGUGGCACGUCUACCCGCAACGAUGUGCCGGCCAACGCGACUAAUGUGCCCAUCUUGGAGGUGGCCGGUGGGCAGUACCGGCUCUGCUGGUGCUCAUCCUUGGCUGCAGGCAGCUCCCCGCCAUGUGUUUCUGCUGCAGAAUAUGUAGUUGACUUCGGGAAGCUGGAAGUGAUCGGACCUUUCCCACUUCAACAGGAACGAACGUGUGUGAGCGGCCAGACGUGCGAAUUUCCAAUACAAGUAUGGCACGGUUCAGGGCAAGAUAGCCUGUUGUUGCUGGACACUUGUGGCGUGGACAGCUCUAUUCCCAAAGUACAGACCACCAGGGGACACUGCGGAAGGGCCUCAAUCGUUGGCACCGUGCCUUUGCAAGAUUUCAUGGUUAUCGUGGAGACAUCCACUUCAAGCGCCUCCGAAUGCCGGGCGCUUUGCAAUGCACAUGUCGACUUGUUCAGCAACACAUCAUGUGUUGCUGCGAUGUUCAAAGACUCCCAAAGCAACGUCAGCAUCCCUCCGGACACACGUGGUGUUGGGUCCUGCCAACUGUAUUCAAUUUGUUCACUAGUGUCUGAUGAAGCUUCGGACUAUGUGGUUCUGACUCUUCAAAGCACAGGCAUGUCGCAAAACUUGCCUUUGCCUUCGCUGCUCCAGUUCGGAAACACAUCACUUCCCAGUUCCGGCAGCCAGACGGCCAUGGCUGCUUGGGGCGAGCUCGUGCUGACUACUGCAGGUGGUACUUUCCGAAUGUGCUGGUGCGCCGGCGGCCAAAUGUGCAGGACUCCGUCAGAAUUUGCUGUCGACAUCGGUCCUUUCACCCUCGUUGGUCCGCUGCCCCUUGGCACUAGCCGCACCUGCUCCGACGGAACCACAUGUGUCGUGGAUGGGCUUUCAGGUGUAGGGCUGUCGGAUGGAGAUCGGCUUCUUGUGCAGGAUACCUGUGGCUCCACGGUCUGGGGCGGAGAGCUGCAGUUCUUGCCAGUCAACACCACGGACAUGAGCCGAACUGCUGUUUCAUUCGGCAACGGCAGCUCGCAAGUCCUCGCGUUGACGGGUGGGCAGUACAGGCUAUGCUGGUGCGCUGCCGACUUCCUCUGCACUUCAGGUGUCGAUGUUGGCGAGCUGGUCGUGCGAGGCCCUGCUACAAAUCAGCAUCGCACGUGUAUGGCCGGUCAGAUAUGCGAAAUUCAAGCUCUUUUGGGCCGAGGCUUGGGGGUGCACGAUAGUCUUUUCGUGCUAGAGACAUGUUCAGAUCCUGGCGAGAUGCUUCCUGUUGUACCGAAGUUCCCUCAUGCGGGUCAGCUGGUAGCAGCUACAGAAAUAGCAGAAGCUUCUUGGAAGUCAUCUCUCAUCGUGUCGGCUGCUGGCGGUGGCUACCGCCUUUGCUGGUGUGCAGCCUUUGACUGCAUGUCGGAGGGUUCCCAAGCGCACUUCGUCGAUGCCGGCACUCUGCAUCUGCUUGGACCCAGCCUCCUUGGAGUUGCGAAAACCUGUGUUUCGGGUCGAGCUUGUGUUAUCCGAUACACUGGCAAAGACCUCUUCCAGACUGCUCAUGGCUUCAGUCUGGGAGAUAAUCUCUGGGUGUUGGAUACAUGCGGCGAAGCAUCCCCUGUUGCUGGCUUUGGUUCUGGACGUGCAAUCGAUGUUUCUGCAUCUGGCGCACUCUUCUCCUGGGGAACCGAGAUAAUUUCAUCUGCUGCUGGCAGCUUCCGUCUCUGCUGGUGCGCCGCAGGCUUUGCUUGUGCUGCGGGCGAGAGCUUUCAAGUUGAUGUCGGGACACUUCUGGUCCUUGGCCCUCCCUCACUUGCCUUAGAUCGAACCUGUGUCAGUGGUCUGACAUGCUCAUUCUCGUUGGAGCCAGACUUCGAAGCGGACGGGCAGAUCAUGCUGCUGAGCACCUGUGGAGCUCCCGAGCUCGCCGAUCAGGGUCUGCCCUUGCAUCCGGCCUUCGCUGGCCUGCCAGGAGAUGAGAUCAAUCGUACGAACGAGUCGAGCGAUUACGAGGUCAUUCACUGGGGCAUGCAAGAGUUCACAGGUGCUGGCGGCCAGUUCCGGCUCUGCUGGUGUGGUGCUGCUGACUGCGGCGUGCUUGACAGUUUCUCAGUCGACAUGGGCUCAUUCUCAUUGAUCGGGCCUGCUCCACUGGCUCAGCGCCGAACAUGUGUGAGCGGGCACUCCUGUGCCAUUGAGGGCUUGCAAGGUGUGCACCUAUCGUCCGCUGACCAUCUCAUGCUGCUGGAGACCUGUGCAGUCAACGCAGAUUCGAUCGGUCUGUUUUUGCCGGAGUCCAACUCAAGCGCCUCUGGAAAGUGGGUCAUGGAGAAGGCAUCCUUUUCAUCCUUCGCCGGCGGUCAGUACCGCAUCUGCUGGUGUUCAUCCGUGGCGAUGUGCUCCACGGCAACGGAUUUCAAAGUCGAUGCCGGAAAUCUACUUGUCAUUGGGCCAGCACCAUUGAACCAGGAGAGGACAUGUCUAAGUGGAGAGCCCUGCACUUCGCUUCACGUCCAUGGGCAAGAACUUUCGGAGAAUGAUACCCUUCAAGUUCUCGACACCUGCGGCGCCGCUAUGCUUUCUGCAGGCUGGCCAAAUUCCAACGUGGGAAUUUCUGUAGUGAGCCCUUCAACACUUCUGCUCAGAUUCCAAGAGCCAAUUCUGGCCCCAGCCGGAACAUACCGUCUCUGUUGGUGCCAACCGUUACCGCAUGAUUUUGCAGGAACGUCCUGCACCCUGCACUCCCAGAGCCUCGUCGACUUUGGUCAGGUGAGGCUCAUGGGACCAGCCUUGUUGCAGCAGCGCACAUGUGUGGCCGGCCAGCGCUGUGUCCUGGAAGAUCUGAGCCUGGGUGCAGGCGCGACAGCGACACCACAGGACACCGUGAUGGUUCUCGAUACUUGCGCUCACAUCACACCGAUUCCUGGCUGGCCCGAGGCUGGAGUUUUCUCCAGUCUUGAGGCGAGUGGUGCCAGAGUGAGCUUUGGCGCAGUCACCAUCACAGCAGCAGCGGGGUACUACCGACUUUGUUGGUGCGCAGCUGGUCGGCAGUGCAGACAAGGCGAGGAGUUUGUGACGAUUGGCGAGAUGGCCCUGCUUGGCCCAACGCCUCUCAGCCAAGACAGGACAUGCCUAAGUGGACAGAUGUGCGACCUUGGGAGUGUCCACGGCUUAGGGCUUGAUCCGUAUAAGCUGUCCCACGUGUCAGGCCUCGAAUUUUUGCAAGAUGCCACCACAGGCCUGCAUGACGUGAGAGACUACUCUGUGGAAGCUUCUUACGAUUUUGAUGUGUCCAAUGUGGCUGGGGCCACGUGGACGACGAUAGCAACAUGUGCCGCAGCACAAGACGGCUCUUGGCAAAGCUGCGCCUGGCCGACGUCCAUCUCGGCACCCUUCUGGCGCUGGCGCAUCACUCAAACCUGGGGACUGAGCUCAGACGUUCCGAAGCCGCGUGAGCUUCGCUUCCUGAGUUCUUCAGGGCCCAGCGCAGCCCAUAAGAGCUUCACGCAGUGGGCCUCGGACUUCUCCCCAGCUUGGAUAGUGUCAUCGGCUGCAACUGGUACUCCGCACCAAGACUUGUCGAACCCCGCGAACCCAAUAACCUACGGACCAGAGAAUCUUAUGGAUGGAGACGCUGGUGACAACUCGCGUUGGUGGCCCACGGGAGCAAGCACAGAGUGGUCUGUUGUUUUUGACCUACGCCAAAGUGACAGUUUGGCCAUACUGGAUACAUGUGGCGUUGCUUCGGCUCAUCACCUCGGCUUUGUGACAGCGCUGGCAAGCCCAGCGUCGUACCCAACCUACGGGAGCACGCUCUUGACAAUCGCUGGAGGCUUGUACAGACUAUGCUGGUGCAGCCGUGGUUUCAACUGCGACUUGCCCAACGCUUUUUCUGUUGAUGUUGGUGCUAUGUGGCUGCUCGGUCCGGAGCCUUUGACACAACACCGAACUUGUGUCUCGGGGCAGAGCUGUGUCAUCGAAGACAUCAGCGUGCAGGACGCUUCAGGGGUACUCCAACUUCUGGAUACUUGUGGUCAAGGCUUCACCUACUCGCAGUUGCGCGGAUGGUCGGGCAGCUUUGUGCAAUGGAAUGAGACUGGCACUGUUCUCCCAAGACUUGUCCUCGACGCAGGAUUUCUGACAACAGCAGGUGGAGAGUUCAGGUUGUGUUGGUGCGCAUCACUUGCCACAUGUGCUCAUCCGGAAGACAUGCGUGUGGACGUCGGUUCCUUCACGGUUGUAGGCGUAAGCCCGCUCGCACAGGAUCGCACCUGCGUCAGUGGUCAAACAUGCUCCUUUGAUGGAAUCACCGGACGCUACUUGAAGUCAUCCGAUCAGUUGCUGAUACUUGAUACUUGUGGCCAGCAGGUGCCCUCCGAAUUCCUUCCGAGCAUCAGUCUGGCAGUUGCAAUCUCGGACCCCUUGGCAACUGGGGCUGAUCAGACCCUUCGGGCAACUACUGCACCUGGUCUUGUCAUUGGCCAAGGAGGAGAGUACCGGAUUUGUUGGUGUGGUGGUGGGUUCAAGUGCACCUCCACGCAGGACUUCCGGACGGAUGUAGGGCACUUCAACAUUGUUGGGCCAUAUCAGCUGCAAUCUCGGACCUGUGUGAGCGGACAGCUCUGCAGCCUCGGAGGGAUUCAGGGUCAUCUUCUGUCGCCCUCGGACGGUCUGCUUGUGCUCGACACCUGUGGAGUGCAGGUGUCGGUGCCUCGCCUACCCAACUCCGGGCGCAUGGAGGUGUCACUGACAUGCCAAUGCGCCGCGGCGACGGGCGACUCCGACCUCGAUGGCACCCCAGACUGUCUGGACGAGUGUCCUCUCGAUGCCAACAGAACGACGGCUGGUGUUUGUGGAUGUGGCGUUGAUGAUGUCGACUCCGACCUCGAUGGCGUGCCUGACUGCCUUGAUCACUGUCCAGAAGAUCCAAGCAAGUCCAAAUCAGCUGGGCUCUGCGGAUGCAACGUGCCCGAGACAGACUCGGACAUGGAUGGGCUUCCGGACUGCCAGGAUUUGUGCCCACUUGACGUGAAUAAGCAAAGACCUGGCAUCUGCAUUGGGCCGGAGUGGUUGGCCAUGGAGAGCAUGGCAACACACCAGUCCUCAACUCAGCUGAGCAAAAUGUCCCAUCUGGCCGUUGAUGCGAGCACAAGCGCGAAUUUCCAUCACGGCAGCUGUACCCUCACAAAUGCAGACAGCAACGCAUGGUGGUAUGUUGACCUGGGAUUUGGAUUUGACGUGAAGGCCGUGAGGUUGCGAGGCUUGAAGGUUGGGAUUUGUAGGAAAGGACGAGGAGAUUUGGACAGAAGGGCCGGGCCAAACUUCAAUAAAGUGUGUUCCUUUGUGGAUGGACCAGCCGUAGUCAGCUCAGGCGCCUUGACAUUCAGCGAUGGCGUGUGGUGCGCAAACAUCACUCAGCAGCCUGCCCUUCCAGCACUGGGCCAAGAUGCUCCGGUUAUCGACGUAUCUUGCCAGGCUCAGGGUCAGCUGAUCUGGCUGGUCAUGUCUGGCGAGCUCUCCCUCUGUGAUGUCAAGGUUUUGGCAGAACCGGCAGUCAGCCUUUCCUCGGCUUUCCCGGGAAUCAGCGGCACACACUACGAGUCGACGAGCAACUGCUUGGCCACCGGCCUAGGCAGCGCCUGUGGCUGUGGGCUGCUGGACACAGACACAGAUGGUGACGGCGCCCCCGACUGUAUCGACCAGUGCCCCAAUGAUCCACUGAAGUCACUUCUUGGCACCUGUGGUUGUGGUGAAGCUGAGGAUGACAGUGAUGGUGAUGGCACGAAGGAUUGUAUUGACCAAUGCCCCUUGGAUCCUUUGAAGACCAGAGCCGGCAUUUGUGGGUGCGGCGUCCCUGAGACGGACGACGAUUCGGAUGGAACCCCGAACUGCAACGACAACUGCCAUGGGCUGACAGACUCCCUCGGCCCAGGGAGCAUUCCGUGUGGCUUCAUAGCCGGAUUGGAUUCCGACAAUGACGGCACGCUGGACUUCCAAGAUUUCUGCCCCUAUGAUCCAUCGAAAACAGGUCCUGGACAGUGUGGUUGCCAAAUUGUCGAUGCUGAUGGGAGUCCGACAGCCACCAUUACGAUCAACACAGGGCUUACAGAGCUGGAUUCGGAUGCAGAUGGUGUUGCCGACUGCCUGGAUCAGCUGCCGGACACGGACACGGACCUGGAUGGUGUGCCUGACUGCAUCGACCAAUGCCCAAAUGAUGCCAAUAAGGUCUUUAUAGGGAUCUGCGGCUGCGGCCUUCCUGAUACGGACUCAGACAGUGACGGAAUGCCAGAUUGUUUAGAUCCGUGUCCCAACAAUGCGAAUGUCACUGCUCUCAGUGCCUGUGGUUGUGAUGACACAGACAGCGAUGGUGAUGGCGUGUCCGACUGUAUUGAUUUGUGCCCCCAGGAUGCUCAAAAGACCUCGGCAGGUCUGUGCGGUUGCAAUGUGGCAGAUACGGACAGUGACGGAGAUGGUGUUCCAGACUGCUAUGAUUCCUGCCCUGGUGCUCCCGAUGUGAGUCAGACGGGUCAGUGUGGCUGUGGCAUCUUGGACACAGACUCUGACUCCGAUGGUAUCCCAGACUGUUUCGACGCCUGCCCAAGUGAUCCCCUCAAGUCUUCUCCGGGUAUUUGCGGCUGUGGCACAAGCGAGGUGGAUUCGGACUCUGAUGGUGUGCCUGAUUGCAUAGACAGCUGCCCGUUGGAUGCAGGCAAAGUAGCUCCUGGCAUUUGCGGAUGUGGGCUUGCAGACAUCGAUGACACCGACGGAGAUGGCGUGCCGGACUGUGUCGAUGACUGCCCAGGCUUCCCUGAUCAGACUCCGCCUGUUUGUGGAUGCACGGCUGCGAGUGCAGACAGUGACAGCGAUGGCACGAACAACUGCUUCGACGGCUGCCCUUCUGAUCCCGGCAAGAUCGCGCCAGGUACCUGCGGCUGUGGCGUGCCAGAUACAGAUUCUGAUGGUGACGGGACUCCCGACUGCAGCGACGGCUGUCCAUCAGAUGGGACAAAGACUACUCCAGGUCAGUGCGGCUGUGGAGUUGCGGACACCGACAGCGACUCCGAUUCCGUUGCAGACUGCAACGACCUAUGCCCGAGCGACAACAGCAAAGUAGUUCCAGGCAAAUGCGGAUGCGGUGUGUCGGACACCGACUCCGACAACGACGGAGUUCCGGACUGCUAUGACAGGUGCUCGGGCUUGCCUGACUACCGGCCACCAGAGCCGGUGUCGGUGUACACGUUUGGCAGUGCCCCUAUAUCCAGCGCCGGAGGACUUUAUCGAUUGUGUUGGUGUUCACCGGAUGCACAGUGUCACGCCAAGGAUGACUUCACAGUGGAUGUCGGCGCUUUGACUGUGAUAGGUCCCAGUCUCCAUCAGCAGCGGACAUGCUUGAGCGGUCGAAGGUGCCGCAUUGGCGGCUUGGAUGGGGCCUUUUUGUCAGGAGAUGAUCAAGUCUUGGUCUUGGACACGUGCUCUCUCUUGCGAGAGCUCGACGCCAACGUCUCGACGUCUCCUCGCCUGGAAUCACAAUUGAGCAGGUACAACGGCUCAGAUCUGGCUGCCUUCGCUUCGACCGGCGCAUUACAGCUAGCAGGGGGCACGUAUCGGCUUUGCUGGUGUGCAGAAGGUUUCGCUUGUUCCAGCUUGGCUGACUUCAAUGUUGACUUUGGCAGCAUCCUAGUCAUUGGCCCAAAGAUGUUGCGCGAGCAACACGCAACAUGCUUCACUGGGCAAACCUGCAGUUUGUAUGAGAUCGUUGGCAACUACUUUGGCGAUGGAGAUGGAAUCAUGUUGCUCGAAACAUGUGGGCUUGCCGAUAGCAUGGACAGUCCCAGCCUCACAAGCUUCCAGACAUUCCUUGACGUGCCGAGCGGCAUGAGUACGUUUGCGGAAGGUUCAUCAACCUUGUCAGCAAUUUCGACAAGCACCAGCUCGGCUGGUGGCAUCUAUCGCCUGUGUUGGUGUGCAAACGUUACCGUGGAAGCUACGCCUGCAGAGUGUGGUGCCGACGUAGGCUCACUCUACCUUCUUGGGCCCCGGCCGCUGCAGCAGGAUCGGACAUGCAUCGCAGGCCUAUCAUGUGUAAUCAAUGGCAUCACGGGGAUUGGGCUCUCAACUGAUGAUCGCCUGCUGGUGCUGAACACCUGCAACCUGGGACUCGCACAGAAACACGCCGAAACGGAGUUUUUCACAUCAGCAUCAGGCGGAUGGCAGGUUGGACUCGAAGGCUCCACCUUUGCAAUAGCGACGGAAGUCACGAGACCCAGUGGUGGCAGUUACAGGCUCUGUUGGUGUGCUACGCCCUGCACCCUGCUCUCACAUUACUCGGUGGAUUUGGGGGAGUUGACCGUCCAAGGUCCCCGACAAUUGAGGGAACAGCACCGAACCUGUGUUGCGGGGCAGCCUUGCAAGCCCAGCCCCAUUGAAGGCUGGUUUUUGAGCGCUGGAGACCGCUACCUUCUUUUGGACACCUGUGGAGAAAACGGCGUGGUUCCUGGUGUUCCAGAUGCUGGUGGUUUCGCCACUUCUGCGGUUACUGUGCCCGGAGGGGCCGGUUCCGCAACAUCCUUUGUGAGCCUGUCUCUUCCGGCCCUGUCUGCAGCCGGGGGCCUCUAUCGGAUUUGCUGGUGUGCAGACAUGGGAUCCUGCGAUGAGACGUCCAGCUUUGACGUAGACGUCGGGAAGAUGCAGGUCCUCGGGCCGAGGCCGCUUCAGCAAGACCGGACGUGCGUGUCGGGACAACCCUGCCUGCUGAAUGCUCUCUCCGGAAUGGCGCUCAGUGCAGCGGAUCGGUACUACGUUCUAGAUACAUGCGGGUCAUCUUCGGCCCCGGCAAGAUUUGCCGGUGCAGGGGUGGACGAGGUCAACUCCUCAUCUCCCUUGAGCGAGUCCACUGUCUCGUGGGGGCCAGCAGCCGUGACUGCACCCGGAGGUUCCUACCGGAUCUGCUGGUGCGCAGCAGGCCAAGUCUGCAGUGCAGCUGAAGACUUCGUGAUUGAUAUGGGUCGUCUUACACUCGUUGGACCGGAACCUCUCACCAGUGGAGCCACAUGUGUUGCUGGUCAGACAUGCGUAAUCAAGGGCAUUUCGGGCAACUACCUGAGCACAGCAGAUGCAGGGGUCUUGUUGGACACCUGCGGGCUGUCCGCAAAGGCACCAGGCUUGAGCACGGGCAUCACGGGCAUCUCCUUGACCUCCGAUGGGACGAGCCUCCGUUUGGAAGGAAGUGGCCCGCAAGGCAUCCCGGUCACUGCCCCCGGCGGUGAGUAUCGCAUUUGCUGGUGCGCUGGUGGUUUCAACUGCUUGUUGGCCGAGAACUUCAUCUCGGACAUCGGCCAGCUGACUCUGAUUGGGCCGAGCCCGUUGGAUCAGGACCGCACUUGUGUGGCAGGCAGGGUGUCAGGUAGCUUCAGUUUUGACCGGUUUGCUGUACAAGAGAGGGCAAAAGCCACUGCAUGGCAGUUACAGCAACGUCAGGUUAUGAGUGCAAGAUAA